UUAGUUGCAUCCUCGUAUAGCUUCAUGUUUUAUCAAACCACUCUUCUAAAAGCACAACCAUGUUUCCAUCCUCAUCAUCCAAAUCUACACUCGAUCUUGGACAUAAGUCCAAGUGUGAGUUCGAGUCUGAGUCUGAGUUUGAGCCAUUCAACAAGUUUUUCUUAGACGGACUUUUGGUCCAGGAGCGGGAUCUCCAGGAGCUUAAGACCAUGGUUGACACCCACUCUGUGUCAACCACUCAAUGUCUCCAGGAGCUAGUGGGCCGGGUCAUGACCCACUACGAGGAUUUUUACCGGUCCAGGACUAAGUCGAUCAGGGAGAACGUCCUCCUCAUGCUAACCCCGGACUGGCUGUCCAAACUCGAAGACGCAUUUCUUUGGAUAGGUGGGUGGAGACCCACCACAGCGGUGCACUUGCUGUACUCCAAGGCCGGGUUGCAGCUCGAGGCCCGACUCGGUGAUGAUCGGGUCAACACGGAAGACGAUCUGGGAAACCUUUCUUUGAGUCAACUCGUUCGAGUCGACGAGUUACAAAGGCGGACGAUCGCCGAGGAGAAGAAGUUAUCUGAAUCCCUCGCUUCCCACCAAGAGACCAUUGCUGAUUCCACCAUGGUUGGACUGUUGGAUAAUCCCGAGACCGAGUUUGUGGCUCGGACGGAGUCUGACUCGGUGAAAGAACGAGUGUACUCGGCUUUGGCGCCCAAGGAGAACGGGCUAGUGGGUAUUUUGCGGGAAGCGGACGAUCUACGGCUUAGGACGCUCAAGAGUGUGGUGGAUAUCUUGAGCCCAAUCCAAGCCGUUCAUUUCUUGAUUGCUGAUACCCAGCUUUAUCUCAGGGUUCAUGAGUGGGGUAAGCUGAAAGAUGAACACAACAAGAGUUUGCAAGAACCCCACGGUGAUGGUGGGCCUUGGAACGUCAUAGAGCCCGAAAGAGAGCCCAGCCCAUGAAACCCUUAAACAACUAUCGAACUAUGGAGUAUUAGCUAGAGAAACCUACUCGUGUUAUGCUUUAUUUUGCACCAUAAUUUCCCAUUUCCUCUGAUCUAUCUUAUUUCACGUUUUGUACAGUUUCCAUUACACAUAAACAUAAUUUUUUACAAUGCAUAUUUUCAAGAAUUCAAAGAAUUAA